GAGCGAGAGGAAGAGGCUGUGUGUGUCAUUAUGUGUGCAUCGGUCAAGUACAAUAUUCGGGGUCCUGCCCUCAUCCCGAGAAUGAAGACCAAGCACCGCAUCUACUACAUCACCCUCUUCUCCAUCAUCCUCCUGGGCCUCAUCGCCACUGGCGUGUUUCAGUUCUGGCCCCAUUCCAUCGAGUCCUCAAAUGACUGGGGUGUAGAAAAGCGCAGCGUCCGUGACAUGCCAGUGGUCCAGCUACCUGCCGACAGCCCCAUCUCAGAGCGAGGGGACCUCAGCUGCAGAAUGCACACGUGUUUCGAUGUCUACCGCUGCGGGUUCAACCCAAAGAACAAAAUCAAGGUGUACAUCUACUCUUUGAAGAAGUACGUGGAUGACUUGGGUGUGCCAGUCAGCAACACCAUCUCCCGGGAAUAUAAUGAACUGCUCACGGCUAUCUCAGACAGUGACUACUAUACUGACGACAUCAACCGGGCUUGCCUGUUUGUGCCGUCCAUUGACGUGCUGAACCAGAACACGCUGCGCAUUAAGGAAACUGCCCAAGCCUUGGCCCAGCUCUCUAGGUGGGAUCGAGGUACAAAUCACCUGCUGUUCAACAUGUUGCCUGGGAGUCCACCAGAUUACAACACAGCCCUUGAUGUCCCCAGAGACAGGGCUCUGUUGGCUGGUGGUGGCUUUUCUACAUGGACUUACCGGCAAGGCUACGAUGUCAGCAUUCCCGUCUACAGUCCGCUGUCAGCUGAGGUGGAUCUUCCUGAAAAGGGACCAGGUCCACGGCGCUACUUCCUCCUGUCGUCUCAGAUGGCACUCCAUCCGGAGUUCAGAGAAGACCUGGAAGCCCUCCAGGCCAAACACGGAGACUCGGUGUUGGUUCUUGAUAAAUGCACCAACCUCUCCGAGGGUGUCCUCUCCAUUCGCAAACGCUGCCACAAGCACCAAGUCUUUGACUACCCCCAGGUGCUGCAGGAAGCUACCUUCUGUGUGAUCCUGCGUGGAGCUCGGCUGGGCCAGGCGGCACUAAGCGACGUUCUCCAGGCUGGCUGUGUCCCGAUUGUCAUUGCAGAUUCCUAUAUUCUCCCUUUCUCUGAAGUUCUUGACUGGAAGAGAGCUUCUGUGGUUGUACCAGAAGAAAAGAUGUCAGACAUGUACAAUAUUUUGCAGAGCAUCCCCCAAAGACAGAUUGAAGAAAUGCAGAGACAGGCACGGUGGUUCUGGGAAGCAUACUUCCAGUCCAUUAAAGCCAUUGCCCUGGCCACCCUGCAAAUCAUCAAUGACCGGAUCUACCCAUAUGCUGCCAUCUCCUAUGAGGAAUGGAAUGACCCUCCCACUGUGAAAUGGAGCAGCGUGAGCAACCCACUUUUCCUUCCACUGAUCCCGCCACAGUCUCAAGGCUUUACCGCCAUCGUUCUCACCUACGACAGAGUGGAGAGCCUCUUCCGGGUCAUCACAGAAGUAUCCAAGGUGCCCAGUCUUUCCAAGCUGCUAGUUGUCUGGAAUAAUCAGAAUAAAAACCCUCCAGAAGAUUCUCUCUGGCCCAAAAUCCGGGUUCCAUUAAAAGUUGUACGGACUGCUGAAAACAAGUUGAGUAAUCGUUUCUUCCCUUACAAUGAAAUUGAGACAGAGGCUGUUCUGGCCAUUGAUGAUGACAUCAUUAUGCUGACCUCUGAUGAGCUGCAGUUUGGCUAUGAGGUCUGGCGUGAAUUCCCAGAUCGCUUGGUGGGUUACCCAGGCCGUCUGCAUCUCUGGGACCAUGAGAUGAGUAAGUGGAAGUAUGAGUCUGAGUGGACAAAUGAAGUGUCCAUGGUCCUCACAGGGGCAGCGUUUUAUCACAAGUAUUUUAACUACCUGUAUACCUACAAAAUGCCUGGGGACAUCAAGAAUUGGGUGGACGCUCAUAUGAACUGUGAGGACAUCGCGAUGAAUUUCCUGGUGGCCAAUGUCACAGGGAAAGCUGUCAUCAAGGUCACCCCACGAAAGAAAUUCAAGUGUCCCGAGUGCACAGCUAUCGAUGGACUUUCGCUAGACCAGACACACAUGGUGGAGAGGUCUGAGUGCAUCAACAAGUUUGCUUCCGUGUUUGGGACCAUGCCUCUCAAAGUGGUAGAACACCGAGCUGACCCUGUCCUAUACAAAGACGACUUCCCUGAAAAACUGAAGAGCUUCCCCAACAUCGGCAGCUUAUGA